AUCAGCUGACAUUGUCACAUGACUGCUACAUCAUGGCCGAACACAGGCAAUAACAACUAGGAAGCAAAUUGCGAUCAAAUUGAGAAGUAGUGUGUGUCCAUUUGGAAAAGUAUGGCACGUGGUGAGUGGUCACCUGGUGAAAAAGGCGAUGUGCUCCCGUGAGCAGGCCCCGAAGGAGGAUCGCAAAAUGCACCCGUUCUCUUGUGAGGAGGACAGCUCUAUGGAGCAGCUCUUCAGUUUUUUCACGCUGUGCUUACAGUGUGGGGACUGGGAGCUUGCUCAAGCUUGUGUGCCUCAGCUGAAUAACACCACAUGCACAAGCACACAGUGCUUGCAGGACAUUCUAAAAUCCUUAGUGACCUGUCCAUAUGUGCUCAAGUGGGAGACGGUGGGCAGUCCGCACAGACUGGCAUGGCUAUGGCUGAAGAUUUCAGAGAGAUGGGCACAUGAGCAGGUUGCUGUGCGGGUUAAGAACGAACUAGAGUUUCUUCUGAUCGUGGAGGAGCUGGAGAACAUGGUGCCAGAGGAAGUGCUUAAGGAACUGCACCAGGCUUUCAGGAGUGUCCAGAUAGAGAAGAAGGGGACCAUGGUGAUCCUGAGUGCGGAGGCUGAGUGCUGCCUUGGGACGCUGCUGGAUAGAAGUCGCCCCAGGCUUGCCCAGGCCCUGGUCCAUUUCCUGCAAGGCCACAGAGCUGAUGAUGAUGCAUGCGAUAGGAAGCACCUGCUACAGGAGGCCUUCAUCCAAUUCCUGUUGGCAAAAGUGCAACAGUCAGGGCAGGCUGAGGUUGGCUGGGAGGAGAAACUGUAUUCGGCACUGGCUGUCAUGCCCUGGGGCCCGGAGCCAGUGGAGGGGCAGCUGCAUGACCUGUGUAGGGCCCUGUGGGCUGCCAGCACUGGCCCGCUCAGUGAGGAGAGAGUGCUGAGCUCCUUACUACGCCCUCGCUGUCAUGCCGCUCUCUCCUUCUACUGCUCUAUGGCUGUGCAGCUCCAGAGAGACGAGCUGCUGAAGGACGUGGCCGCAUCACAAGUAGACCUGACUGAGGCAGGGAAAUUGAUGCUUGGGCUCUGUUGUCAUGCUGAGCGUGCAUCUGCAUGGAAGGCCAUCUACUUUGAGUGUCUGAGCAGCAAUAAGCACUUCCUGGAUCAGGUUCUGAUCACAGCGCUGGACCUGAUUAGGAGGGAGGAGUUCUCCAGGCUGAAGGACCUUACAGCUGCCGAAUUCCACCCUCUCUCCCGUCUCUUGUUGCUCCUGGGUUGGACUCACUUGCAGAGUCUGGGCUCAGCACAAAAGCUGCUGGAAACUCUUCACCACAGUCAGGCACUAGCCAAUGAUUCUGUCCUGAAGGACUUUGUUGAUGGUUUGUCCUCACAGUUGGGAGUUCUUGAGUGGUGUGCCAAAAACAGCCCAGGGACUCCCAGCGCCGCCCUCCUGGCCCAGCUGCACACUCUGGACAGCCACUCCUCCCUCUUCAUCCUGCAGUCGUUAACCCCGCUUCCUCAGCUGGAUGAGCGUAAGGUUCUGGAGCUGUUUGGCUUGGCCCACUCUCCCAGCUCAGGUGAUACAGACACUGCCCAUCCUGUUGACACACCGAAUCUGUCUGCGCGGAGGAACGUGGUGCUCUUCCAGGGCUUCUGUGCCAUGAAAUAUGCUCUAUACGCAAUUUGCGUCAAUGCCCACAAGUACUCUGGCUGUAGGGACUGUUUAGUGGCAAAAGAGCCGCAGGAGCUAGAGUCAAAGAUUGAGCAAGACCAGACUUCCACUCUCUCUCAAGGUUUUUCCGUAUUAUUUCAGUAUUACCUGUCCGAGUGCCAGCUUUACCUGGAAGCCGUGCCCGCCCUGUUUCGGCUUGAACUCUUGGAGAAUAUCUUUUCGUUGCUCUUUCUGUCUAGUGCUGACUUUGUCCUUAGUCGGGAGAGGGACAUUGAGCAUGGACUGCCCCAUGAACAGUACUUGCCAUCUCGGUGCGGUUUGGAAAAGUCUGACAAUCCCGAAUUCAGAAAGGAGAGUAAAGGUGGUGGAGUAGUGGUGGAUUGGACCCUGCAGCAACCCCAACAGCCCGGAAGACACACACUACAAAAUCUGGUGUGUAAUUAUGUGGAUCUGGGCCAUUUUAUCCAGGAUUGCAAGGGAUUCCUGGUAGAUACAGUGGCUAUGGAAGGUUUUCUAAGGCUUUUGAGAGAGAGCCUGGAGGGGGUUUGUGUGGUAGGCCAAAGGGAUGGCCUGGAAGAGGGAAGAGCGUUGGCUGGGGAGGAAGAGAUGGCCGAGAGCCUGGGCUGCUCCGUAACUCCAGAGACAUUCGGAACGCGUCUCCAGAGGCUCUCCAAACGGAUCGCUGAGGCACAUUGGAGACUGCAGGUUAUCACUAGUAACCAUGGCAGCAGCAGCAAUGGGCAAAUACCGACCACAAAAUUAGUCAGCAGAGUUCCAUCUCUGAAACACAAUGGAGGGAUGAAGAGGAGGAAGAAGAGCAGGCGACACCGUACGGAGCGGCAUUCUACAGCGGAGCAGCACAACGGAGAGGUCAGCACCAGCACGUCAGAUGGAAGUGUUGGUGUAGCAGGCGCUCCGGCAGAGCAGGAGCCGUGUCCGUGUGGAGGUCCUCACAGCUGGCUAAUUCCAGCCAUGCUGUCGAGCCCAGAGUCACUGCUCAUAUCCUGUAUCCGCCGGGGGAACUUUCUGGAGGCUCAUCAGGUCUCUCUCAUGUUUGGUUUGGAUGGCUCCGCCUGCUCUGGCGAGUUGGUCUUUAUGGAGCACCACCGAGAUGUCCUUGUAGAGCUGGGCUGCGUGGAGCAGAAGAUAGAGAACCAGGUAGCAGAUGGAUCGGCCAGUGGACGCAGCAGACUUGGCAGCAGUGGAAGGUCCACGCUGCAGGCCAUCGGGAGUGCUGCCGCGGCAGGCAUGGCCUUCUACUCUAUCUCAGACAUGGCAGAUAUGCUCCUCAGCACCCCAGGACGCCCAGUGCCCUCUUUGGAGGAGGACUACUGGCUAAAUCACAAGGUACCAGACCCCUCUGGCGUGCUCCAUGCUCUGCUGGAGGAGUUCAGUCCUGCCAGCAUGGCGACCUUCGACCUGGCCUGCUGUCACUGUCUGCUGUGGAAGACUUCCCGGCAGCUGCUGGAGACAGCAGAGCGCAGGCUGAACACCACUUUGGAAGGGCGAGGAGUAAGAACGGACUCUACGGUGCCCCAUUCUCAUGGGAUUAAGGGGUUUCCUGCUGUGCUUCAGCAGAUCAGCAAGAUCAUAAACCACUCUGUCAGCGGCAAAGGCUCUCCCAGGGCCGAACUGCCGAGCGAGGAGUCCGCAGCUGCGAGUCCGUUUGGCUGCAGCGCUCGGGAGGUGCUGCUCUGCUUGCAUCCGGUUCUGACCGAAGAGGACAUUUCUGCACGACUCUCCCUGGCCCAACAUCUAGAGCAGACCCUGUGCACCCUGGCAUCCGCUACAGACUCUGCAGCUGAUGGCCGUGUGGGCGGGGGGCUUCUGGCUGCCUUAGUGGAACAGGCGAGCUUCAAGCAGUCCGAGUUGGACUCUCAUCCCGUGCGUUCCCAAAUGAAGCAGUUACUCCGCACUUUGGACCAGCUCUGUCCAUCUGAACCCGACAGCGCCCCCUUUAGGCCAGAUUACGUGCGUAGCUUCCUGGACUACGUCAACACAUUGGCUGUGGUACUAGUCCGGAGCCUUAGUUCGGAAGACCAAACAAGCGAAGUCAAGCUCGGAAACCCUCUGCUAGUUCUGCUGCAACUUCCUUCUCAGCUAGUCUCUCACCUGCUCUUUGACCGACAGGUUUCUCCCAUCAGGGUGUCGUCCUUGCUGGAACAGGAGGGCUUGGGUUUGAACAUCCAGCAAGUGAUCGUCCAGCGGUGCUGUGAGACACUCCCAGUUUGGGAAACCUGCUGUGAAAGUAUGGGAGAGACUGGGAGAAAGACUGGGGGCCUUCUUAGCUUGAAUAGUGUCAAAGUCUUCCUCCAGAAGUACAGUCAGGAGCAUCCUCUCACCGUGUGCCCCAGCAGCUGUGAUGCGCCUCCCUCCUCUGAUUCAGAUGCAUCUCCAGAGGAGGCAGCUUCUCUAAGUUCAGGAGCAAACUCUUCGCAGUCUUCCCCGGCAUCCUCUAGCUCCUCCAGCUCGCUUCUCCUGACCCCCUCGUCUCUAUCCUUCCUGAAGUCCCACUCCCCUAUCCUGGCAGUUCUUGCCUGCCUGAGCGCUUGCCGCGGUGGAGCCGGCCGGACCGGGUCCGCCUGGCCCGGCCUCCCCGCCUACUUCCGCAGUGGCCGAAAGGAGGGCGUCCUGGACAUCGAACAAGUCGCUCGGGAAGCGGAGGCCCUGUUGAAGGACCUCCCGAUCCUUCAUGCCUACCUUCAGACCAUGGCCCAGCCGGUGCUGGGGCCCGUGGGCAGCCCCGAAGGCAGCGGCGCCGUGUCUGGCUUGAGUGCUUCCCUGUGUGGUUUGCCGCUAGCCGGCCUGCUGCUCUCCGGCCUGCAUCGAGCCUCAGCCUGUUCUGCGGCCGCCGGAGCGUUCCAACAGGCGCUGACCGACCGAGACGUAGAACGUGCCUUAAAUCUUUUAGAACUGUAUGGGCAGGACAGCCACCAGGAGCAGAAGCUACGGGAUUCCUUGCUGGCGUGUUCAGCCCUACGAGAGGGGAACAGGACUAUGGAGCAUCUUUUUCGAGUAGAAGAUGCGGAGCUGAGAGCGCGUGUGGCCCUUCAGGGCCUGGAGCAGUGGCCGCUGGCAUCGUGCCUCGAGCUGCUGCGCUUUUGCCUGAGCGACGGCAAUACCGAGUGCAGCCUGAAGGAGGAGCUAGAACUGAAGAAGCAGGAACUCCAGAUCUACCAAAGGAUGCUGAAUUUGCAACCCCCAUUGCCCUGGGCAACAUGGCAGGAGCUGAAAGUUCAGUCUGGGUGCAACACUGAGGCAGUCUUCUGCAUGAUGCUGGAAGCCAAUGAGUUCCAGUUGUGUGGACAAUGGGUCCAGCUAUAUCCAGUUUCUAUGCAACUUAGGCUACAGCUCCAGACCGAACACCUGCUUCACCUGCUGGAGAGGGGACAGAUGGAAGAAGCCUUUCAGCUGCUGGAGAGUCUGACGGACUCAGCCCUGUGCUUAGAAGUUUGUGAGCAUGCUCUGGACCGGCGGCCUGGGCUGGCUGCGUGUCACUUCCUGGCCGAUUACCUUACGCUGCAUUUCCAGGACGGCAUGUCUCCUGCCCGCCGUCAUCUCAUCCAUGCCCUGCAUCUAGGUUCCAAGGUACUGCUGACCCUGCCCCCAGACGCUCAGGAGGACUAUUUCCCACUGCUGUCGAACCCCCUGCUCAUGCUGGAGCAGCUGCUCAUGAACCUGAAGGUGGACUGGGCGGCAGUUGCAGUACGCACGCUUCGGGGUCUACUGCUGGGCCAGGAGUGCAUCAUCAGUCCCGGCGACAUUGAUGCGCUGUUGUCCAGUUAUGCACGCAAGGCCCUGGAGUUCCCCUACGCUCCCAGAGAGAGGACACGUUCUGACUCAGUCAUUAGUCUUCAAGACGUCCUGACGCAGUGUCCUGCUCAGGAGAGCAGCUCCUCCUCAGCAAGUUUGGAGACGUCACCUUCCACUUCAGGCAGCACCCCUGUGCACACGCCCUGCGCCGGAGGGGGUCGCAGAACCAAGCCCACUGCUUAUUUCACACCCCCAGAAAAACCCCCCAGCCGCAAAGACUGGAUCCCUGACCAUCAGCAGUCCGUCUGCAUGGUUUGUCUCCGUGAGAGAUUCACCAUGUUCAACAGAAGGCACCAUUGCCGGCGCUGUGGGCGUCUGGUGUGCCAGGCGUGCUCUGGGCACCGCAUGCCGCUCGAGGGCUUUGCCGAGGACACGUCGCGGGUCUGCAACCAGUGCUACGGCUUCUUCCACCCCGUCACCGAUGAGGAAAUGGAACCAGCAGAAGUAGCUGGCAGUCCUGUGACUAAUGAAGAGUGUUUCUAUGGGGUCCUUACGCUGCCUGAGGUCUCUCGGCGCCAGUAUCGCCUCAGCAUGGAUCCUGCAGAGAACCUGCAGCUGCAGAGCGAGUUCUACUAUGAGCAGGGCCCCAGUUCUUCCCUUUGCAUCGCUAUCCUCUCUCUGCACAGCGACCAUGUGGCCUGUGGCCACCAGUUAAUCGAUCACUGCCACUCUCUCUCACGGGGCCUGACUAACCCCGAGGUCGAUGCCAGACUCCUUACUGACAUCAUGCGGCAGCUACUCUUCAGCGCCAAGCUCAUGUUCGUCAAGGCAGGCCAGAACCAGGACCUUGCACUGUGUGACAGUUAUAUAAGCAAAGUGGAUGUACUGAAGAUUCUGGUAGUGGCGAACUACAAGUACGUUCCUUCUCUGGACGAUAUUUCGGAAUCCGCUGCCAUAACGAGGCUUCGCAACCAGCUACUGGAGGCAGAAUACUAUCAACUGGCUGUAGAGGUGUCCACUAAAAGUGCCCUGGACCCCGGCGGGGUGUGGCAUGCUUGGGGUAUAGCUUCUCUGAAGGCCGGCAGUCUUACGAUCGCACGGGAGAAAUUUGCUCGCUGUCUGAAGGCUCCAGUUGACCGUAACCAGCUCAACCAUGGUCCGCGACUGCUGCGGGAGAUAAUUCAGCACCUGGAGUCUACAGUCUGGUCCUCACAUACUCAGCAUGCUGAGCAGGACAUCUUGGCGUCCCUGAGGGAGCUGGAGGAGACUCUGGCUGAUCCCGGCUCGCAAGACAACUCCAACGGGCAGGGCCAGCAAAACUGUUACUACGAGGAGUGUCUCUAUUACCUGCAUCAUUACGGCACUCACCUGGCAAUAGUUAGCUUUUACAUGCGACAUGAUGACAUGAAGGGGGCGCUGUUGCAUCUACGCAGCAAGGAGUGCCCAGAGGAGGUGUUCCUGGAGGGUGUCCUGCAGCCCAGCCUAGAGCAGGGGCGCCUGGGAGCCCUACAGGGUCUCUUGGAGGGACUUGACCCCAGCCUGGAGAACUGGAGCCGCUACCUUAUUGCCUCCUGCCAGUUUCUGCAGCGUCGCGGACAUUUUCACACCCUCUACCAGCUGCAGCAAUUUAUGAUGGACCAUGUGCGGGCGGCCAUGACUUGCAUCCGCUUCUUUGCACACGGUGCCAAGUCCUACUUGCAGCUGGGGGAGCAGCAGCGCUGGCUGGUCAGGGCCAAGGAGCACCUGAGGACCUACCUGCAGGAACAGCAGGGCCGCUGCUCCAGCCGCAGGAAGUCCUCCAGCACCUUCCGCAAGAAGAUGUCCUCCUCUGAUGUGUCCCGGCACAUGAACACCAUUGAGCUGCAACUGGAGGUCACACGCUUCCUGCACCGCUGUGAGAGCUCCGCCGGCCCUGGCCACGCCCCCCAAGCUCAGCCCCCAGCUAGCAAUGCCCCCCCACCCACCCUCUUUGAGGGCAGCUCCAUGAAGGUUGAUGUGGCCUGCAAGGUAAUGCUGGGGGGGAAGAAUAUUGAAGAAGGAUUUGGAAUCGCAUACAGAGUGAUUCAGGACUUCCAGCUGGAAUCCCCGGCGGUGUACGUGCGGACGGGCCAGUGGCUUGUCCGCCAGCGGCAGUACGGGGCAGUGAGGCAGCUUCUGAAGUGUGUAGGGGAGUCAGGGGCUGCCACCAAGAACGACUGUGACAGGAUUGUGCUGAGUUGUGUCUCCGCCGCCGACAAAGGGCCUGCCGAUGCCAAAGAGCUAGAGAGUCUGAUUUUGGAGUCAAAGAGUGUAGAGAACAAGAUAAACGGCUACCUGCUGUGCAGCAAACUGCGAGCCGCCUACCUGCUGGCGGUAAAGCUGGAGCCCGGCCGCGCCGGCCCCCUAGUGGCGGAAGUAAUGCAAGCCGCAGAAAAGACCGGAGACUCCAUCAUGCAGGACAUCUGCCGCCAGUGGCUGGCAGAGCACCAGGACCGGCCCCCGCGGCAGCAGGUGCGCAGCAACGCCAGAUGACGCAUGGAAAAAUGCGGCGAUGUGGAAUGCGCAGAGCCAGUGGAGGUUAUUGCUGCUGCCGCAAUAUGAUUAAAGGUCGUUUGACUGUUAGACUGUCGUGCAUCAUCCUCACAUGGAGGCUGAGAUGUCAUCACAAAUUUUUUGUCAGAGGAGGGAGAAAAGAAAUCGAUAAUAAUUCGAUAUUAAGUACUUAGUUGCAGUUAAUUCUUCACUAAAAUUAUUGUAAUUUAGAUAAAAAUGAUCCCUUAUGUUUAUGAAAAGGGAUUAUUCCAUAAACCUCAGUGUUUAUGUAAUACAUGUGGUAUUGUUAUAUUCAGCAUUCUGUGUUUAUUUCAAGUUUAUGUACAGUAGAAGCUUUUUUUCUGUAAAGGUUCCAUUUCUAAGAUGUAGUGUUACUGUUCAUGUAGGUCUGUUCACUCUGUCUGUCCGUGAGGCUCCCAAAUGGCCAGUCAUGUCCGCCCUUUGCUUUUUGUAGAUACUGGCAGGAACUGUGAGCAGAUUUUGGGGAAGUCAGACUGAAUUCUAAAAAUCUGUGAGAAACUACAAGUGUUUGGAUUUAAAAAGGGAUGCGGAUCAUGAUUUUGCAAAAUGAACAUUUUUCUGCCAGUGUUAUAAAUUUGCAUAUGCCGUAAAAUGAAAUUUGCAUUCAGCACACCGACGUAAUAAAUUACAAUGUUACAAAUUUUUUUGUGACAGAACAGGCAACAAAUUUUCACGCCCUUCCUGUUGCCUCUUGCUAAUCCCUGUUCUGUGGUUUCUAACCUUAGAACGAUCUGCUUGUCUGUAGUGUACUCUCAGCCAUCCUAUGCACUAGAGAAGCUCUUUUUAAAUACUGUAAAUGUCACAAAAAUAUUGGGAAAUGCAAGGAAUGUUGACACACCUGGUCAUUGACAAUUGUCACAUUGAAUCUACGUGCCUAUAUUGUUCAUAAUCGGUGAAGUAAUUUUAAUCCUCAGAUGUGUAUCUGAACCUUAAUCUUCUAAGAAAUAAGGUAGCUUACCUUAAUGAGAUUAAUGGGAGUGCCAACUAUACACUGAACUUUGAGAUACAUUUAAAAUUCACUGUAACACUGUACUAAUGUAAAACUGUAAAUGUUGCAUUUUCUUGCCUGGUAUAUCACUGCCGUCAACUUUAUAUCAGGGUAAUUUCUUCAUUUUAGUCCUGAAUUUGUCCGGUUUUGUCCUUAACGUGAUGGCUCUUGUGAAAGGCCCCUCGCUUUCUUAAGGGGUCACUUCUGCAAACUGCAUGUUGCCCUAACAGUGCUACAGAACCGGUUCAGUAAGAGACAGUGCUCUUUUCCGUAUGGGUCUAGCUCUUUGUACCAAGUUGGCUUCAUCAGAAGUGUGCCUUUAUUCCAAACACAUAAUAAAAUACUGAAAUGUU